AUGCAUGAAAGACGCGCCUGCAAUGAGAAGCACGGACUGGCAAAUCUGAAGUCUGAAGAGAGAACUCUUAAGUUCGAAUUCAGAAGUGAGAAGUGGAAAUGUGAAGUCGGAAGUGAGAAGUCGGAAAUUGGAAGUCAGAAGGUCGUUAUACCAGGUGUUAAUCUCGGAGCAAAAUUGACAACUAGAAAACCAUUUUCACUGCAGUUGUUAGAAGAUGCUGUAGAUGUAGAGUGGAGUAUAUCUGAUGAUGGAUGUCAUUUUACUAAUAACAGCUCUUCAGUCACCAUGGUACAUUGUAGUGAGUCUGGUAUACAUACAAUAAUUCUGUCCUUAGUCUUAGACACUGACAGUAAUACAACAAGAUCUUACCAGUCUUCCCAUGCAGUUUAUGUAGAUGAUGAUCCUAUGUGUUAUACUUGGUAUUUUAUAGCUCUUCCUAAAGAUAGUGUCAGUGAGGAUUACACUCAUCUUUUAAGACUAUGGAUUGUUGAUCCUUAUAAUGCUGAUGAGCAGGAGAUGAACUUAACAGCAAGUGUGCCCUCAAAGCAAUCAGCAGAUCUCACCAUUCAGUUUAUGGACAAGAAACAGAAUCCAAUAGUGAAACUAUCGAAAAAUAAUCAUAUGCAGGAAUUUACUGUAGUGUCACAGGACAUAAAUGACUAUCUAGGGUGUUGGGAAAUUUACUCAACUCUAAAAUAUUCUGAUGCAUACCAGAUGGAAAUCCAUGUUAAUGGAAAAUCACAUCUUGCUGUUGCUAACUGUUUUGUAAGGGACUCUGUGUUUCCUAUUACACAACCCAAGUUUGUAUUAAGUGAUAAUAGUGAUUGGUUAGCAUUGAGAGGGCACAGUGACAGACCAACUAUAAUACAGGACAUUGAACCAGUAGUUGAGAAUGUAGCACUGUCAAGUUCACACAUGUUUAUAUUAAUUGGUGAUACAUUAUAUGCAAGAAACACUACACAAAGUCAGUUUGUAGAAAUAAUAAAGUUUUCAACUACAGACAGUAUUGGUUUAAAAUCAAGACAGUCUUAUGUUACUGUUUGUAACACUCAGUUUUCUGAUGUUGUACUAUGGGCUAAUAGUACACUAUACAGAAUAGAUAUUGAUUGUGAUUUCAACAUGAAGAAAACUGUUCACAUUAUAUCAGAUAAAAUCUUGCAAAGCAUGGAUUCUAUACCAAAUAGUUCAUCUCUUGCAAUACAGGAUGUUGUAUUCACUACUUUACCACAUGAAGUCACAGUAAUGGUUAAAGUUGAGGGUAGAAUUGAAUCAAAUCUAUUGUUUAUCAAUUGUGAUUUACUCAGUGGUGAAUGGACACUUUUACCAUUUUGGGCAGAGUUAGGUACACCAGCUCCAUUUAACUUGUUGAAUGUACCUGGGGCAAAGCAAAAUACAAUAUUUUGGAAUAAUGAUACUGUAUUCCAUAGUUAUAACAAAGGAUUUGAUACUGGUAUGAUGAAUGUCAAUGAGUGUGAUAAUAAAACCAGCAAUGAAGUGAUAGAUCAAGUGAUACUAGGUCCAAUGGCAGAGAUUAUUAUAAUCACAUCAGAAAACAACUUAUAUUACACACUAGUUGGUCAGAAGAAUUUACUCCAGCUUUCAGCUUGUAUGUUCACUGUUAGCAAUGUUACUGUAUUCAUUGAUAAAAUGGGGAAGCUGUAUGAAAUAUCAGAACAAAAUGGUGAAAUUGUGAAGAUUGUUAUGGAUUCCCUUGAAGAUCUUGUAUCUAUAUCAGAGUAUUUGAUUGAUUCACCUCAACCCUGUCCUUACAAAUACUUAAGUUUCCAGCAAGAACAAUCAGAUGUUUAUUACAUUGAUAUUGAUGACUGUGUGCAACUGACAUCUCAACUCAUUCAUUCAUCAGUUAUAUCAAAUAAUAUAGAGACUGUGUCAGUAUUUUUUCAACAAAGUACAGACAAAAUGAUCACUGACUACCAAUUAACAAAUGAGGUAAACAGUGUCUAUGUCUUAGAGAUUAAGCCAUCACAGAGAUCAAUGUCAUGUCCAAGACCCUCUCAAUUGAUUUCAUACUUCAGUAUUGGUUGUCCACCUGGUAGACAUAUUAGAGUUAGAAAUCCAGGUGCAAGUGAUGAGGAUUGUAAUGUUAUAAGCAGUUAUCCAGUACUAAUUAGUGAUACAUUGUUGAACAAAACAACUGAAGAGGAUGUUUAUAAUAAUAUAACUGCAUCUGGAUGUCUGGUAUCUAGUCAUUAUCUUGAUGAAUUCCGACCUGUUGUAGAUCUUUAUGAUGGUGAUUAUUUUGUCAAAGAAGUGACAGCUAACUUUGUUGUAUGGGAAACAUCGAACAGAACUGGGUAUAGCUACAACUCUACAAUGGCACAGGUUGGAUGUCUUAGAGAAGCACAGACAUGGACAACUAUGAGGGAGUCCAAUGACUUGCAGGAUUUGUAUGAUGUCUGGGGUCCUCAUAAUUAUUACAGUUGCUUUACUGCAGAUGAUGUAGAUGACAAUGAUUUGUCUCAGCAAUAUGAAAUCAUGAACAAGACUGGUAUAUCGUCUAUGAAGUGGUUAUCUCAAAAAAAAGAAAAUGUGUAUGAGUUCAAUUUAGUUGUUAUUGAUCCAGCAUACAGUUUCUGCAGACUGGAAACACAGUUUGCUGUAAGGGUAUAUGGUGUAGCCACUGAAUCAGAUACAUCAUAUGAGCUUAAAGUAUGCCUGGCAACAUUUGUUGCAUUGUGCACUGUCAUAAUAAUAGCAUCAUACUUUCAUUUCCGUGAAAUACAUAUCACAAACCUGGAGAAGAGAAUUAAAAAUGAGCUGGAAGAAGAAGAACAUCGGGAAUCUAAAAGGGAGUUCAGCCAAAAUACUCAAGAAGCAAAUGCCACACCUGGCCACAUUCCAAAGUUUAAUACCAAGAAAGUUAUUGCCAGUAGUCAUGACAAUCAGGAAAAUGUAGAAGCUUAG